AUGACUGCCUUUUGUGUGAUGAAACUUUUAUGUCAAGCAACCGGAAAUGGGAAUAGAUAUGCAAGAAGAUUAUUUGGAACUCUUCUGACACAAACACCACAAAAGAGGGUCUUUUCUCCAUUCUGGAUGGUGGUACCUGACCCUAGAAAGUCAACUCUGUUUGGACUUAGUCAACCAUUUUGUACAGCUGAAAAAUCUCACAAGGAACCAAAAAGGAAAGCAGCAUUUGGAAGUGUUGGGCGAAGAAUUCCCUAUCGGAUUUUGCACGUAAUCAGCCAGGAUGGAGAGAGCUUAGGAAAUAUGCACCGAGCAGAGGCUCUCAAACUUAUGGAUCAACAAGACCUGAAACUAGUUCUCCUUCGUGAAAAUGCAGAACCUCCUGUAUACAGACUAAUGACUGGGCAGCAGAUUCAUGAAGAACAGCUUAAACGUGCAGAGAAGAAAAAAGCAAGUCCAAAAUCAGGGAUGGUUCAGAAGGAGUUAUCCUUUUCCUCAGCUAUUGCCAAGAACGACUUAGAGACCAAGACUAAACAGAUAGCACAGUGGAUUGAAAAGAAAUAUCAUGUUAAAGUUACCAUCCGGCAAGCAAAGGAUAACAAGACAGACAUGUUCAUGCUUUUCGAUCAGAUUUUGGAGACUGUGUCUGAGAAAGCCACUUAUCUUUCCAAGCCAAAAGUUACUAGAGAAGGAGUGAGUACCUGUAUUUUGAGACACAUGUCUGACAAGGAGUUGAAAGCAUACCACAAGAUGGAAAAACAGAAAACCAGUACAGUAAAGAAAGAUGAAAAUGAAGAUGUGAAGUCAAAUGAGUUGCGUCAGUGACUUUAUGAAAAGGUGUAAACAAUAUUAAUUUCUUAUUUAAAAAAACCUACAAACUAUAAACUUAAUAAAAUUA